CCGGCGGGCCGGCCACCGCCCCCGACUCCGCCCCCAGCCCCCGCUCGGGCCCGGCCCCCGCUCGGGCCCGGCCCCCGCGAGCACGGCGCGCGCCUCCGGCUCCUGUGGCCGCGCGCUGGCCUGGAGGCUGACCUGGAGGCUCAUCUGGAGGCGGAGCUGACCCGGCAGGCCUUGCGCGGGCAACAUGGCGGCGCCCGGCGAGCGGAGCCGCUUCUACGGCGGGAACCUCUUCUUCCUGCCGGGGGGCGCGCGCUCCGAGAUGAUGAACGACCUGGCGACCGACGCGCGGGGCCGGGGCGCGGGGCGGAGAGACGCGGCCGCCUCGGCCUCGACGCCAGCCCAGGCGCCGACCUCCGAUUCUCCGGUCGCCGAGGACGCCUCCCGGAGGCGGCCGUGCCGGGCCUGCGUCGACUUCAAGACGUGGAUGCGGACGCAGCAGAAGCGGGACACCAAGUUUAGGGAGGACUGCCCACCGGAUCGCGAGGAACUGGGCCGCCACAGCUGGGCUGUCCUCCACACCCUGGCCGCCUACUACCCCGACCUGCCCACCCCAGAACAGCAGCAAGACAUGGCCCAGUUCAUACAUUUAUUUUCUAAGUUUUACCCCUGUGAGGAGUGUGCCGAAGACCUAAGGAAAAGGCUGUGCAGGAACCAGCCAGACACCCGCACCCGGGCAUGCUUCACACAGUGGCUAUGCCACCUGCACAAUGAAGUGAACCGCAAGCUGGGCAAGCCUGACUUCGACUGCUCAAAAGUGGAUGAGCGCUGGCGCGACGGCUGGAAGGAUGGCUCCUGUGACUAGAGGGUGGUCAGCCAGAGCCCAUGGGACAGCUAGCCAGGCAUGGUUGGAUAGGGGCAGGGCACUCAUUAAAGUGCAUCACAGCCAGAGCCUGUUCUGUCUCAGUUGGGUGGUCCCCAGGACACUGCCCGUGGGGACCUGCCCUGCCCCUCUUAGGUUUGGAGCAGAAGUGGAGGUGCCCACAGCAGGCACCCACUGGCCUCUUCCUCAGUGGAGGCCCCAAGGAGCUGCAGCUGAACUGCAGAUGAGGGAAGGAGGAGCAGCCUGGGCUGCCCCUUGACAUUCAGGAUGUGGCUUCCUGCCCACCGCAUACCCUGGCGCCUCACUCCUCACACGGGAAGACAGUGGGCCCUGGCUGGGCGUCCCUGUGCCUGUCCCUGGCGGCCAGGCCAUUGCCUUCCCACUAUGCAGCCAGGGAUGCCCCUGCCCCCCGUGGCUCUGUGCUGCUCACUUUAGGGGCUCAAUUCUCCGCUCUGCUCAGUCCCUACAGGGAAAGCUCAGGUCGGGUCUUUCUGAGGGUCCACCAGCCAUCCUAUCCUCUCCCUGCCUGGCACACGCCUGCCAGCGUUGUCAUGCCUGUCCACAGGGGAUUCGUGGGGCUCGCUUCCUCAGAGUUUGAAGCCCAGAUGAAACGUUGAAGUGACUGAGAACCUGGCUUCAGUGUAUUUUCUGCUGGGGCUUAAUAAAGCAGUGGACAGAGCUUGUUCCAUCCCUUUGUGCUCAGCUGCAUUUCCUGCUGGGGUCCUGGUUCCUCAGGAGAGAGAGAUCCCAAGGUGAGAGUGAGCCAGGAACAGCAAGGACGCUGAUUGGUUGGGGCAGGGGGGCCAGAGUAGCUGAUGUGGGGGUCCCAGUAGUACUGGGAGGCCAGAUGGCACGAGGUCUCCAAGGCCCCAGCAAAGCCGUGGCUUCUACCCCCAGUUCCCCUGACAGGAAGUUCUUGGUGGGUUUGGAGCCAGGGGAUGGCAUGGAGUGAUGUGGCUUUGAAGGGUCCUCUGGCUGCUGAGCUGGGAUGAGGCAGGUAAGGGUGGAACAGGAGGGCUGGUGAGGAAGCCGGGGCAGUCACCGAGUGACCACCAAGAGGAAGACCCACCCCACGGCGGGGACAGAUGCGGGGUACAUUAAAGGGAGAGCCAGAGAACUCAGGGGGUGAGGAUGGAGUCCGAGGAGACUGCUGGGAGCCGCCGUGCGUGUCAGAGAUGGAGAAGGCUGAGUGCACCAAGUUGGGGGGUGACUGGGACCCAGCCUUUGGGCCUCCCCAGCCAGAGCAGCCCAGCAACAGUGUGUCCUGUGGUCAUAAAACUCCAGGGACCUCUAUCCUCUAGGAGUCUCAGCCUUUCCCUGGGCGCAGGCCCACCUUGGCAUGGCCUCCUCAGGCCUCCAUGGAAGGAGCUGCUAUAUCCCCACCAGAUUGGCCCUGUGGGGCUGCUGGCUUCUGUAGAGGCUGCCCAGAGGGGCCAGGUGGCACAAAUAAGAGAGGGGAGAUGGGGGGCAGCCAGGAGAGGAGGUGUCCCUUCCUCGCCCAGACACAGCACGCUUCUCUCUGGCCUUUCCCGAGGUCUGUGAGUGCCUCAGGAACCAGCUGGGUCCUCUGGUAAGGCUGUGUUCAGCUUAGGAACAUACCGCCUGUAUCUGCUGUCCCCCCCCGCACUCCCCACUGCCUUCCCUUUUUCCCUGUCUUCCUUAAAGUUUCAUUCCUGAAUAAAACUUCACUUUGCCUUA